AUGUCCAGAAGAGGAGGGGGCCUGACCAAUGAAACUGAAUAUAAUGAAACCAGGUGGAUUAUUGAAUUAGCAGCAGACAGAUUCCCAGUCCAUGCGUGGAGGCUCAGAGAAGCAGGAAGAGACAUCGCGAGUCAUGAUGGCAGGAAGGAAAUAGUUGAUGAAGUAGCUGAUUCUGGAGACACAGGAGUUGCUUUGGAGAUGGAGUUUGACUAUUCACAAAACAACUUUUUGGCAGAUAAUGAAGAGGAGUGGUUUACUGAGAGGGAAUCAAAGCAGAGUGCUGAAGUAAAUGGGAAUGCACCUUUAAAGGAUUCUGAAACUACGUUUCAGAACAGUUGUUCCAAGAAGAAUCGUAAGAUGGAUUUGGAUAUACUUGAGAGAUGUUCCAAAGUCACUGACACUGAGUCACAGCGUCGUGUCACAUUUCAUCUUCCUGAUGGCUCCCAGGAAAGCUGUAGUGACAGUGGCCUAGGUGAUCAUGAGCCCGUGGGAAGUGGAAAUCUUAUAUCACACCCUCUCCCUUUGGUUCAGCCACAGGAUGAAUUCUAUGACCAAGUCUCUCCAGACAAGAGGACAGAAGCUGACGGCAACUCUGACCCUAACUUUGGUUUGGAAGUGCCAACCCCGGAUUGUAGAACCCCUCCAAGAGGAAAGUAUCAAGAAGAUGUUUACCGUGCAGAUGGACCGCUUGGACCCAGAGGAUUAGCUGAAGCUACAGAAAUGUGCACUCAAGAAUGUUUAGUGCUGGGUCACUCAGAUAAUUGCUGGAUGCCUCCAGGUCUAACAUCCUAUCAGCAGCCAAAGUCCCCUUUAUCUACCUUUGCAGCUCAGAGUGACUGGGUUAAUGAUAAGCUGGUCAAAGGACAUACACUGACAAGAAGCUGGAAGGAAGAUGGCAACAGAAACCAGUUCAAUGACAGAAAGCAGUUUGGUACCAUUGAGGGACACUUUAACAAUGGCAACAGCAUUGCUGACAUACCCCUGGCUAAUAUGAAAUCCUAUAAGCAGGUGACAGGCACUGGAGAGAGUCUUAAGGAACAUCAACUUUAAGAAGAGCAACUGACAUCCAGCUCUGCCCUGUUGUAUACAAUCUCACACUGCUGUUUCUCAGAACUUUAUUUACUGAGUAGGCAUAUAAGCCUCUAUUAUAAGAUGCAGGAAAUAUAAGGUACAGAUUUAUCAUUUUACCACCCAUGUGGAAACCUUGUCCUGCACAAUUUGAUCACAUGUUGUCAAUUUAGUGGCUGUAUGGAAAACUACAUUCACAAAACUGUAUAGUGAACAAUAAUUUAGAAAAAAUUUACAGAACUUCAUCUCUGAAGAGAAAAGAGCUUAGGAAACCAAAUGCAAGAAAUAAUGAGGAUGGACCACGUACUCCAUUAGACAACUGUGGUGUGGUUGCUGUUGAGCUGUGCAAGGACAACGUAUCUGACAUUGUCAAAGCAGCUGACUGAAACGAUAAUAAACCUAUUGUGCUAUUAACAACUUUAGAGAACAACUGUGCGUUCAUCAUUGUUGAAGUAUUUGUAAAUAGCAUAAGUAACUACUAAUGCAUUUUGUGUACUAAUGCUCACCGAGAAGGGGGAAAAAAACACACUACUAUGCUUCAUGAUUGUUCUUUUUAAAUCCCCAUGUAGUUCUGUUUUAUUUCCCUUUCAAAAGUAAUGUUAUUAUAUUGGUGAUCUGUCUAACACAAAUGUGUUUGAGCACUCUGGACACUUGGUAUAAAUGUAACUUUCUGACAGUGUUUAUAAUUUGAAACAAGCCCUAGCAUUCAACUGUUUUAAAACAAAGGGAGAAUGUUUAGGACAAAUCAUCUUUCCCCCUACAUCUGAAAGAUAAAAUAUAAAAGUAUAGCUGGAAUGAGUUAGAUGUGAGUAUAACUGAAACACAUCUGUAGUAUGUCAGGGCUUUGAUCCCACAAAAUGUAAAGAUUAUUGUACUGGUAAGUAUGCACAGCUAAGUCCAAACUAUUAAAUAUACACUCGUAAAAAAGACUAAAGCUAAACACUUAGAGAAUCACAUUAGAAAUUUCUAAUUUUCUAUGCAUGUACCAUGUGCUGAUUUAUUUUAUGGCUUUCAUGCAGGAAGCAUUUAAUAUUUUCAGACAUCAGCUUUACCUUAUCCCAUCACAACGCAUCUUAACUGUUUUAGCCUCUGUGCUUCAGAUACCUCAUGCAUACUAGUUCCUCAGGAUCUUUGUUUCUGAAAUUAGAAAAGCUAAACUUAGUUUGAAUUUUAUACAUGUUUGUUUUAGAACAGAAAGCAUAUUGCAGAUAGUUGUGUUUUUUCUGUCCCCAAAAUGUAUGCACUGUAGUUUACUACCCAAGUGAUUAUAGUGGUAUUUUUAAAUAUUAUAAUAUGCAGUGUGUUCCUAGAAUACAAAGUACUUAUUCACUGAUUGGGGUGGAUUUUUACAAGGUACUCUGUGUUAUGAAAUUGUGUGGGAUUCUUGAUAAAAAUAUCUAGAUGACAACUUAACUCUGUGAGCUUACACCUGAUGCCUUCAUUUCAGAAGACAUUUGACACCGUUCAUCAUAAUACUGCAUUUUUAAGUUGAGAAGGUUGCCAAUAACACCAUAUUAUUUACAAUAUAUUACAAUACUACUUGGUUUAGUACAUGCCAGCCUUGAAAAAGAAAGAUGGAAAUGUUACGCAUACAAUAGUUUAUGUUGUGCUGGUAUUCAUCCCAGUCCAGCAAUAUAUAUUAAUCUCAAACUGGGGCCUGACAAUAUGUCCAUUUAUUUGUAAUAUCAUUAUGUUUUAAUCAGAAGACAUCUGAAUUUUUGCAUCAAGAAUGCAAAAUAAUUUGAUUUUGAGAGGAGUGUCAGUUCAAUGACUACCUUCUGGUGUACAGAAAAACAAAAUAAUUCCAAUGUGUCUAGCAGCUACAUUUUAUUUAAAUAUCACAGAAUUCAUAGCUUUGGAUUAGAAUUUAGUGUUAUAUUUUUCUAAUCUGAAUGUAGCAUCCUGUUUGUACCUUACUGUGAAGAUGUGGGUUAUCUAUAAUUGUAUCUUUUUCCUUCACUCUGGGUAGUGGGGAAAUAAACUUCACUUUUACCACUUAAGUUCCUUUGACUAGUUUUUUGUUCAAUUAAAUAUAUUUUAAAAAAGAUGCAUCUUCUACAGAAAGAAGGUAAUUAAAAUAAUAAAGAGGAACACACUACAGUGAUAUACGUGAGAAACACUGCUGCCACAGCACUGUGCCAUUCUCGUACACACAAGUGCAGUCACAUGCAAUGAAACUUCCACACACAUAUGCUAACAGAUAUUAUCUUGAAUGACACAACGUUAUGAUGUAGUUGACACAUUCAUAUAAGAAAAGUUAAAAAGCAGAAUAUAUUACGGAAACUUUAUCGUCAGACAUCAUAAAGAAAAUAAAUUACAGUUUAAUUUGGUGGGACAAUAAAAUCUGGAGAAGAAUACUUUGGUGGCAACUAGUAGAUAACAUGGUUUGGUGUUUAAGGGACAUGUGAAUCAAAGUAGGAAUAAGUGGAAGGUGAACAGAUGAUUACCUGUAAAAUAUAAAACACUUAACAGAUUUAAGGGCUUCAAAUGCUUUACAUGUACAUCUCUAUAGCCACAAAUGCUUACUCCCAGAAUCUCCCAAAAUGUGUUUCACCUGUUGACAGAGAAGAAGGGAAGCCAAAUUGCUAGUAAUUUAAUUUUAUUUAGAUGUUUAAAAAAAAAGGUAUCCUCAGAGUCCAUCUUCAUAAUUCACUGCAUGUCAUAAUGAUGACAUCAUGAAACCAUAGUGGCUUAGAUUCUUUUUAAAAUUAUAAGCAGUGUGUGACUUGCUUUUUAUACGUAUACAGUAUGGGCAUAUGUCCCUACAUCUAAAUCAGAUAUUUUAAGGAAAAUAGAAGCGUUUUAUAUGGAAUUUGAUGGCACAAAAUACUGACAGUUUGGUUACCUAAAACUUAUUCUGUACCAAACAAAAAUACACAGCAGCAAUGUUGUUUGCUUAUUGCAUCCACUUGUAUAAUAUCUUGCAGUUUAUGCUUUGCAUCUGAAAAUUGUACCCAUGACCAUUAACAGAUACAUCUUAUUUUCUUAUUCUUAUUAUUGUUUUCAACCUAUGUUGGCAUUUUAAUCAUUUGAAACUAGUCCCAAGUCAAUGAGAGUGACCAGCAUGUUAGUGCUUUAUUUGAGAGGCAACAUUUAAUACUGGGAGAAUCACAACAAAAAUGAAACAAAGAACAUACAGUAAGUAAGGCAGUAGACUGUAACGGUUAACCUGCUGUUUAACUGUAAUUAUGCCAGUGAAAUUUCCUACAAACACAGUGGGAAUUCAUUUUUAACAAUCAUUCAGUGUAAUUCAGAAAUAUGUAUGCAAUAGGUUUGUUAUUCUGAAUAUUAGGUAAAUAAACACCUUUCGUAUGUAGUGGUUCAGUGACUGUGUUUAUGAUCCUUACAAUGAGAUGACUGCCUUUUAGCAGAUAAAAAGUGGCUUGUUGUUGUCUUUGUCAGACAGUAUGACUUCAGUUGUAGUUGGCUCAGAAUUAGUAGGAUAUAUUUUUGUUAACUGUACUACCCAUGCUGGUAUAAUUUUAUGAAGUAUUUAAAAAACAGCAAAACAUGGUACUCAGUCUCAGUUGCGCAAGUGUAAAACCACAGCUAAUACUACUAUAAGAUAGAUGGGGAUGUUAUUUAAGCCUGAGUUAUUGGUGUAAUAAUGAUGUAUUUUGUCAGGCAUUUGUAGGCUUCUAAAUGAACACAUAUAUGACAUGCUAAGUGAUAUCUUAGAACACAAGUCAUGAAAAUGAAGAGCAUGCCAUUGCAGAACUGUUACACAAAAGGAAAACAAUGUUGUCAAAAAUGCAUAAUUUUGUAAGGCAUAACAAUUUGUAUAGUUCAACUCAACCUUUGUCAUAAAACUGAUAGAUGCUAGAGUGCUUGUCACAGCGCAAGUGUUUUAAAGUGUAUUCACAGAAUAUUUAAUGUGUUGUGCCUUCAUAAUCUUAGAACUUUGCUGUAAACUGGUUUGGGGGCUGUGGAUCCAUUUUGGGUAGGGUAAGGGAAAAAGGACAUCACAAUGUUAACUUUGAUUUUAAUUGUUUACCCACUUCUUUCCACCAUUAGGCAAUGUCUGGCAGGUACCAGCAUCUGUUUCAACUUCAAAACAACAUGAUACAAUGGAUAGCAUUUACAAUGUUAAUAACAUCUGGCUCGCACGUAGAAUAAAUAUCUGUCAGAGCAACUUUUAUUAAAAGGUUAUGUUAAGGCAUGAGAGAAGAUUAAGCAUGUAAAUGUCUCUAGCAAUUUACCUGAAAUUCACGUAAGUAACAGUGCUCAUCUCAGAAAAUUUGUUUUGUUAAUUUACAACGCACCUUUUUUGUAAAAAUCUCAAGUUUGCUUUUCUUUAUUUUCUUACCAUAUUGUAAAGGGUUAAAGGGGUUGGUAGAUUGCUUAUAGUGGUGCAUUUGUAAGUUUGUGUGGGUUGUUUGAUGACUUUGAUGGGGAGUAAAUAUCUAAGCAAUUAUCCUUGUUGCAGCUUUGCCAAUUCACCGUUAUUUACAGUUACUCAGCUGUUGCAAUAAAAGUUCAGAAUUUCAAAA